AUGGGUUGCUGUAUAAAAUCAAAUAAACUAAAUAAGAUAUAAGUCAUCAAAACAUCUAAUGGAGUGAAUAUAUUUACAUCCACAACAGACAUUCAUUAAAUCUACACUUUUGGAAAGAUGAUGGGCUUGGGAGUAUUUGGAAAGGUUAUGAUGGCCAAGAUGAAAUCAAACGAUGAGAAGUUGUUUGCAAUAAAGAUUGUAGAAAAAGCAAAACUUUAAGGGAAAGAAACAUAGCUAUCUAAUGAGAUUUAUGUGCUUUAAAAACUUGAUCAUCCAAAUAUUGUUAAAUUUUACGAAGUUUAUUAAAACAAUAUGAACUUCUACAUCUGUAUGGAGUACUGUGGAGGAGGAGAAAUUUUGAAGAGAUUUCCAUAACAUUAAAAUUCAUUAACAGAAAAGCAAUGUUAAAAAAUUGCCCUCAAGGUAAUCAUUUUAAAUUGAUCAAUAGGUGCUCUCAGCAAUGGCUUACAUGCACGAAUAGGGCAUAAUCCACAGGGAUAUUAAACCAGAGAACAUUUUAUUUAGUAAAAAAGAUUUGAAUUCUGAACCAAAAAUCAUCGACUUUGGAAUGGCAAUCACAUUGGAUGAAUCACAAUCAAAGUAUUUUAUUAGUAUAAUACAAUAGAACUCCAAUGAAUUGCGUUGGAACUCCCUUGUAUGUAGCCCCAGAGGUGAUCGAUGGAUAUUAUAGUGACAAAUGUGAUAUCUGGAGUUUUGGAGUGAUGCUCUUUUAUUUACUUUGUGGAUACCCACCUUUUUACGCCGGUAAUAAAAAGGAUUUAUUUUAUAAUAUUUAAAAUCAAGAAGUAAUCAUACAUUAAUAAAUAAGUUAAUUUUUGAUAGAAGACAUUGGAAUUUUAUGUCAAAGGAAGUUAAGACUUUCUUAAAACGAGUAUUAUGUAAGAAUCCACUGAUCAGACCAAGUGCUAAAGAUCUCUUAAAAGAUCCUUGGUUUAAUGUGUCUUUAGAUAUCGUCGAUAAACCUAAUUUGAGACGUUCUAAAACCAAAGCAACUACUCUGAGACAAACAGCUCCAAGUGAUUACUUCGAAGAUUGCAGAUCUAUAUAUUAAAUGUUAAAGAAUUAUAAAAAUGGUGCCAAGUUUAAGAAGGAAGUAAUGAAAGUGCUCAUAAAUUUGAUGAAUGAAAAGGAGUUGGAACAUUUAAAGAAAGUCUUCUAGAAAAUUGAUGGGGAUAAUUCUGGAACCAUAACAUAUCAAGAAUUAUAAAGGGCAUUUUUGAGUGAAGUAAGAAUAAAUUCAAAAUAUUAAGGGAUCCAGAGUCUCAUAAGAAGAAAUUAAAACACUGAUGAUGGCUGUAGGGUUUGAAAACGACGAUGAAACUGAAGAUUGCUCUUCUGCUAAAUCCUAUAAACCUUUAGUUAUAAAAUACAGUGACUUUUUAUUAGCUUGCAUUGAUGAGAGAAAAGUGCUCACCAAAGAUAAAGUAUUAGUUAUUUUAUAUAAUUAGCUCCUUUCCUUAUUCAAAUACUUUGAUACUUAGAAUAAGAACUUUAUUACUAAAGAAAACAUCUAAGAGAUUUUAGCUAGACAUGGAAAAUCAUUAACAGACACUAAAAUAAAUUAGAUGAUCUAUGAAAUUGAUCCUAACCAUGACGAGAAGAUUAGUUUUGAUGAGUUUUGUUAAAUGAUGUCUACCAAUAUCAGUGCUUAAUUUAUCGAGUUUAAGGAAGGGAAUAUUGAGCAAUAGAUCGUUUCACCGAAUCGAAAAGAAGUAGAACUAAUUUAAUUUGAAUGAAUAUAUCUGUAUUCUAUCUCGC